AUGAAGUUCAGCACCAUCCUCCUCGUUCUUGCCCCUCUUGUCUCCGCAGCUGCUUCGAAAGAGGCCGCUGCUGGCCUUCCCGACCUUGCCUCGGCCAGUGAGAAGGGCCACGAUCUCUCAUCUCAUGGUGAGGGACUUCAGCUGGCUGCCAAGGUCUGCCCAGCCAAGUUCCCCCGAAAGUGCUCCCUCGGAAACUUCUGCUGCCGAACCCUCAAGUGCUGUAAGAAGGACAUGCAUGAUACAACAAUGGAUGGAUUUGGAAAGGUUCAAAGGUUGGAAAGGAUGCCUUACACACUGGGAUUCAGCACAUUGGAAAGGAACUUCGACAUGAUCAAGGUAGCAUAA